AUGGACGCGAUUGAUUACGUCUCUUACGAUCGUGAGAAUGCCGAUUUCCCGUAUUUUGUCCGGGAAAGAUUCGAAGCGGGUGUCUGGUUCGAGUUCGACCGGCGCCACAAGACCGAGUCAAGGGCAUACGCGCAGCUCCAAAGUAUACAGGGCACAAAGAUACCACGUCUUUACGCAAAUGUACGAAUUCCACUAUCCUUUAUCGACAGAGGAUGGAAGGCAAACCCGGAAGAGGAAGAGUUCCUAUGUGUUCCUGGCAUUCUUCUGCAAUACUACGAUUGCCGAAAACUCAGUGAACUCCGACUUCCCGGAAUGGUCCACGUAGAAUCCGGUGAGCUGCGCGUCAUGUGGGCUGGCCUGGCUCAACGAACCGUCGAUGCGAUUCAUGAGAUAAACAGGUUCGGCAUUGUUCUCAGAAGCUACAAUAACAAUGCUAUAUUCAGGAUAGAGAAUGGCAACGACGAGCCAUAUAUCAUCGAUUUCGCUGAGGCUCUGUUCAAAGAGGAUUUGAUCGAGGCUUGGAUCAAGGCACUUCGUGAAAGAAGGGGCUUAUUAGCGGCGACAGAAUACCCCCCUUGGCAGAGGGAGGUCGGAUAUUGGGAAAUGGUGAAGGUUUACAGGAACCCUCAAUCAAUUGCUGAAGCCUUCUUUAUUCAAUUCUCGAAAUGUGCGCUUCCUGAUUAUCCGACCAUUAUUAAGGGAAUCACGCUGCAGGCGCUGGGCGGGGCAUCUCAAAACACUCAGACUUCGGGCGAAUGA